AUGUACUCCUACGCUCUCCUCGCUGCCCUUGCUGCUCCAGCUGUGGCCCAAAACAUCAAUACGACUUACCUCACUGGCCUGGCCAAUGCCCUCAAUGGUCUUGGCCUCACCUCGCUUGUAGGAGUUGUGGGAUCCCUCGCGAACAACACCAACGGAACUGCUCUCCUUGCCCAGCUUUCUCAGGGUAACAAGACCGUCUUUGCCCCUAAUAAUGAGGCAUUUGGUCGUGUUCCACAAAAUGUCAGCAGCAAUACCGACCUCCUGACAUCCAUUCUCUCCUAUCACAUCGUUGAGGGUCACUACAACGCAUCCGACUUUGCUCGUGAACCCAACCACACAAUUGUUAGGACCUACCUGACCAACCCGUCUCUUGUCAAUCUCGAAGGCGGUAGAGGUCAGGUCCUUGUUAUUGAACGUGAUGACGGAAACGACAACGAUGUGAAAAUUCUGUUCGCUGACGAUGACGUUGACGUUCAGCGCACUACCGGUUAUGAGAAUCUCAUUGUCCACGUUGUUGACGAUGUCCUCACGCCUCCUGGAACGAUCUCCGAGACAGCCCGUCAGGAAGAUGACUUCUCGCAGCUGGCCGGUGCGCUGCAGACCACAAACUUGAUUGCUCCUCUUGAAGCCAUCAAAGGAGUUACCAUCUUUGCACCUACAAACGAUGCAUUCCAGGCUGCUCUUGCUGCUCUUGGCUCCCAGGCCCAGAAUACCUCGGUCAUCAGCUCAGUCCUCGCUAACCAUGUCAUCAACGGAACGACUGUCUACUCGAGCGCACUCACCUCCCAGAACUUCGUCAGCGCCGGUGGCCAAGGUUUCUCCUUUUCAUCCAACUCCUCCGGAACCUAUGUUACGAGCGGCUCUGCUUCCGCACGGAUCACUCGCGCUGACAUUCCCAUUCGCAACGGCGUGAUCCACCGCAUCGACCGUGUAUUGGCAAACACUGAAUCCAACCCCGAUGCUGCUGCUUCUGCGGCUUCCUCUCAAGCUUCGGUUGCCGCGACUGCAACUUCGAUCCCGGGACAGUCCAACUCGCCCAGCAACGUGCCCUCAGCAUCUGGAUCCGCCAAUGCUAGCAUUCGUACUGCCGUUGCUUUCCCAAGCGGCGCCAUCUUCUCGGUGCUCGCUGCCGGAAUGGGCGCCCUCAUCGGCGGGAUGCUCAUCCUCUAA